AGUUAAUGAGCUUGCUUCUACUAUAAUAUCAACUACGUCGUAUAAAGAUAACAGAGAAGUAGUUAAUGCUGAAUUAAUAGACAACAGCAAAGACAUAGAAGAAAAAAAAGAAGAAAGAAACUCUGAAGAACCAAUUCAAGAAGACAAUAUAGCAGAAGAAGUAAGAAUGGAGAAAGGCAAUAGUUUCUUAAUGGCACUUAAUACUGUUAGUACUUGGUAA